AUGUCCACCACGUCUUCCGCUCCGGUGCUCAAGAAGCCCAUCAAGAUCUCGUGCAUCCAGCUCGCCUCCGGCGCCGACAAGGACGCGAACCUCCAGCACGCCGCCGCAAAGGUCGCCGAGGCGGCCCGCUCCGGGUCCAAGCUCGUCGUCCUGCCCGAGUGCUUCAACUCGCCCUACGGCUGCGACUACUUCCCGCAGUACGCGGAGACGCUGCUCCCGUCGCCGCCGACGCGCGAGCAGUCGCCCUCGUUCCACGCUCUGUCCGCCAUGGCCGCCGACAACGGCGUCUACCUCGUCGGCGGCUCGAUCCCGGAGCUCAACCCCGAGACGGGCAAGUACUACAACACCAGCCUGACGUUCGGCCCCGACGGCGGCCUGCUGGGCACGCACCGCAAGGUGCACCUCUUCGACAUUGACAUCCCCGGCAAGAUCAAGUUCAAGGAGUCCGACGUGCUCAGCCCCGGCAACAAGGUCACCCUCGUCGAGCUGCCCGAGUACGGCACCAUCGCCGUGGCCAUCUGCUACGACGUGCGCUUCCCCGAGCUGGCCACCAUUGCGGCCCGCCGCGGCGCCUUCGCCCUCGUCUACCCCGGCGCCUUCAACCUCACCACCGGGCCCAUGCACUGGCGCCUGCUGGCCCAGGCCCGGGCCGUGGACAACCAGAUCUACGUGGCGCUGUGCAGUCCGGCGAGGGACAUGGGCGCGAGCUACCACGCCUGGGGCCACAGCCUGAUUGUCGAUCCCUUGGCCAAGGUCGUGGUCGAGGCUGACGAGCACGAGACGAUUGUCCAGGGGGAGCUGGUGGGCGAGGCCAUUGCUGAGGCUCGGAAGAAUAUCCCGUUGAACAGCCAAAGGAGAUUCGACGUGUAUCCCGAUAUCAGUCAGGGAAAGAUUUCAUUUGACGAGCUCUAG